UUUGAACAACUCUGGUUUAACAGCCGUUGAAUUACUUGCAAAAGCUCUUGCCAUGGCUGUUGGUUGUACCGAGAUAAAGAAAAGAUCACUUCUUACUUCCAUGGAGAAUUAUGUCACAUUACUUCUUGAGAUUGGAAGACCCAUCUUCACACCAUCUUUUGCAUAUGGAAUCCUCAGGAGAUUUCUGCCUGAGGAGAAGGUUGAGGCAGUGAAGGGUCUUACUCUAACUGCAGAUGGAAAUGGCUCCGUCUUUGACGUGCCAGCUGAAGAUUUAGAUAUAUAUCUUGCUGGUCAGGAAAAUGCUGCUAAUAUAAGCUUAGAAGUAUUAGAAGAAUUGCCACGUUUGCAAGAAAGAGACCAGUCAAGAGGGGGCAGAUUUGGUGGUGGUGGUCGUGGCGGGUUUGGUAAUAAUAGAAGUGGCCGUGGAAACAAGUUUUCCGGUGGAAGAGGAGGUGGCAAGAAUGGUGGUUUCUCAAAUCAGAGGAGUGAUCGGUUUUCCGGUGGUUCUUAUGGUGGGAGAGGCCGUGGCGGCAAUAGAGGGGGGAAGAGAUGGUAA